AUGUACAGUGGAAGCACACGUGCGCGAAGCGGUAGCGUCGACCGCCGAAGCGCUUCAAGAGAACCUGCGCCCUACCGUACAGCUUACGGUAGAGAGAGAGAUCGGGUCAGUAAAACUAAAUAAUUAAAUCUCUGACAUGGGCCGCCAAAUGAUCGCCACAACUCUUUCUAUGACCUCUCGAGGUUUUCUCGCAGAUAGUUAACAACGAAGUUUGCCAGAUAAAGAAUUGUGGCGAUCUUUUGGCGCCUCACGUCAGAUAUUACAAUAAAAAUUAUUAAAGUACUUUAUCUUUCUGAAAAAAAAAAUCAGUAAAACUUGUUUAUGAAUGUCAAUUGAUGAGUUAAUCUGCUAAAAACUUUGCUAUGAAUAAAAUUAUCACUCAUAUCACUUCUAAAAUUUAAAAAAAAACUGAAAAAAAAGCUGAAAAAUCUAAUAAAGGAACCAAAAAAAAGUAAAAAAAAAAAUUGCCGCCACAAAGUGUGUAAAGCGUUUUGCGGUCAGCCAACUGACGUCCUCCGUUUUUUUCGAAACGUAUUUUAACGGGCACGAGUUUUAUGGGAUUUCAAAAUUGGUUCCAGUCUCUUCUUCACUUUUAUUAUCAUUCUCACGAGGUAAUGUUCACAAAAAAAGAGGAACGAAAACUAAUUAUACACGCGCGUUUUAUAAAACUUUAUAAAACGGAAACGUAUUCGACGCGCAAAAGCCGCAAGUGUGCAACUGUGCGUCGAGGUGAAGAUUUCAAACUUUGGCGGGGAAAAAAAUGUUAUUUUUUCAAUAAAAAAAUUUUUUUUGUUUUCAACUUCAGAAAACACGUUCAGAGUAAUGGAACUUGAAAAAUGGGGUUGAAAAAGAGCCAUCAAAAAUGAUUGGCGGAAAAAUCGCUGAUGAGUUGUUACUGCAUAGUCGGCUGGCCGGCUCCUCCAGCUCUUUUCAACGAUAAACACUUCCUCCAAACCCCAUUGCUUUACCCAUCCGUUCCGCGUUCGAGUUACCUAUGAUAUUUCCUAUCCACUGACUUACUACUUUCUGGCUCAACAGAGAAGAGAAAUGGAGAACUUAAUUGUUUUUCGAACUUAUAGAUCCACUUCUUUAUUUUUGUAUAAAAUUUUCAUUUUUUUAAUGUUAUAUGUUACAUAAUUUUAUAAUAUAUCGAAGGUUUUAUUUUAUUUUUUAGGAAUCUUGUUGAUUUUAUCGGACUUGUUGGACGAUUUUUGAAUUUUUGAAUUCCUGUUUUUUUAAUAUUAAAAGAGAGCUGUUAUCGUGCUGUUAAGAUAGAAACUACAAGCUCUAUGAAAAAAAUGAGAGAAGCUCAAAAGAUCCGAAAAUUUUCACUUCUUCAUUUACUUUUUCAUUUUAUCUCACUUUUGUUCAAAAAAAUAUUUCCAUGACUUUCCUUUAUUUUCAGGCUCCUCAAUCAAAUUCAACAACGGCAUCCCGUUUCUCGCGAGCCACUUCGUAUGAUCCAUUUGCCAGUGGGAAAACGCGAGUCGCCAUGCCCAAUAAUUUCCCGUCGCCUUAUGGCCGUUCCGGAAUGUCGUCUUCCUACAAUAGUGACUAUAAAACCUUGAGCAACCGGUUAGCAAUAUUCUCAUGAAGGUUUUUGAACUUUUCGUAAAUUUCGCUUCGAGUGAUAUAUUUGAUUUAUAUUUUGUUACUGCUUGGUCGCAUUGGGAAUCGCUCAAGCUUCUGUUUUUUUCUUAUCUCCGCCCAAAGUCGUUUUAAGUCGGGCGCAUUUCAAACUUUGAGCCAUUCAAACGCGUUUUUAAAAGCUUCGCGCCAUUCCAACGAGUUCAAAUAAAGAAAAUGCUUGAAUAAGCUUCCAAGCUUCAUAAGAACUAACGUGUCUUGCAACGAAAAUAGGUGAAUUUUUGAAGAUACGGUAGUACGGAGCAACUUUCAUCUUCAUCAUCGACCUACAAAAGUCCCUAUAGUACCUCAUCAUCAAGCUACCGUAGUCCCGCUACUUCUUCAACUUCAACCUCUUACAACUCACCUAGAAGGGCUGGUAGUGUCGGUGUUGGUGAGUUUCUGAAUUUUUUUAUAAAAAAUGUUAAAAAAGCCUCGAUUUAAGCUAGUUUUUUAAAAAUUUACUUGUUGGUUUGUUUAAAGAUUUUCUGUGGCUCGAAGUUAGACUGGAAACGGCUCUUCGCUUCGAAACCUCAAAAAUAAGUUGUCAAUGUUCCUUUAACUUCUCGAGUAUCAUUCCAAUCUGUGUAAUUUUUUUUCGAGAAGAGCAUAACUCUUACCAACGGCAAAUGAUCAUUGUGGUCAUAAACUUGGGAAAAUCCAGAUGUUCUGCAGGAUUCAGCGGCGAGCUGUCCAGCGCGCGGAGCGGCAGCCAAAGAGACCUGACCACCGUCGGAUUUUCGCGAUAUCGUCCGACGGAUUCUGCCGGAACUUCGUCAGUUGCUUUUUUGUAAUAUCAGCAAUGUUACGAAAAAAAAGUUCGGAAAAGUUCGUUAAAAAGCAUCGAUUUUUUCGCAAACAGUCCGUAGACACGUUAUAACUUCGCACGCAUUUUUGCGGCUUUAGAAAUAUAUCGCAAUUUAAUUUAAUUUUUUGUUUCAAUUUUUUAUGUAUUCUUUUUCGGUUUUGUUCCUCAUAGAACGUCGGUUUGAGCCGAAAAAAAUUUUUUGAAAAAAAUUUCAAAAAAAUGGACUCCAUCAAAUAAUGUGUGUCCGUUUCGUCUCGCUUUGAAACAGUAAGGCCUUCCUCCGCUCUCUUUUCAAUCGCCGCGAAGUUGAUAGAAAUAAAAAAUAGCGUGAAAAGGAGUAAGUGCGCAGAGAGUGGCAAAACUUUAAACCACGAAAGGAAGAUAACUUUAGGGGCUACUCUUCGGCCCUCUCCAAGUAUCGUGCCGAAUCCACGACUUCCGACGUAGGUUCGAGAUAUCAGUCGUCUUAUUCAAGGUUUGAAUAUUUAUUAAUCUUUCUAUAAAUGUUAUUUUUUUCUCAGGUCGAACACCUCAUCGGCCUCGUCGACGCCGACCAGCAACCGAGUCACUUUUUGA